AUGGGUGACUCCCAACCUCAAAAGAGAAAAGAUAACGUACCGACAUCCUCUCGGCAAACGCAAGCCGUGGAUCCAUCGAAUCUAAGUGCCGCCGCCGAAAAGCAGCAGGUCUUUGGGCAAGAUAGCUCUGGACCAGGAUACAACGGCGGACAGAGCAGCAGCAGCAGCGGAAUGGCUGGAAGAAGCUAUGCUCCUCCACCUGGACCCCCGCCGGAUUAUAGGCAGACGUAUUAUCCUCCGCCCGCGGCGCCACCGCCCUCUCUUGCGGUGUCCCCCGAAGUCCCUGGGCUGUACCAGCCUCCAGUCCAUAACUGGCAAGCGAUUCCAGACACUGCAGACCUUCCGCCUCCUCCCGCACACGCCUACCUGUAUUCCAACACGGGAAACGCACUCGAGGCCGAUGCGGACCGGGCGCACGAUUUCUGCGACAAUACACCACUUACGCGGCCAACCAAGCCUCUGCCAGCAGUCUACCAGGCUGCGCAGAAGGCGUAUUUUCAGCCCGUCAGACCGCGGGAAUAUGUUGGGGCGCUGUCAUCUUCUGGGAGCGGUGAGUGGAAAGGACAUACUGUUAGUGGCAAUGGGGACUGCAUUGUCUGGACGGACAAGCCCGUAUAUUUUGCAGAGGAAGAUUCACCGCUCGUCACUGAGCGGCAAAAGACAAUCUAUUUCGAAGUGCAGCUGGUGAGUCUCUCGGGAGGCACGCCAGAUCAAACGCCCGGGUUCUCGAUUGGCUACGUCGCCCAGCCGUAUCCCACUUGGCGGUCUCCAGGCUGGGAGAGGGGAAGCUUGGGUGUGUUCUCCGACGACGGUUGCAGAUUCAUCAACGACUCCUUUGGCGGGAAAGAAUUUACCACCGAGUUCCUCGUCGGCGAGACGGUCGGGCUCGGGAUGACCUUCCAUCGCGUGGACGAAAAGCCAUUCAAAACCGCGCCUCGGCCCCCAAACGCGGACGGCACCACGUCGUCAUUUGCUGUUGAGGCCUUUUUGACGCGUAACGGACAGGUGGCUGGAAAGUGGGAUCUUCACGAAGAAACUGAUGGCGAGCAAGGGAGUCUUGAAGGCCUGGAAGGAGAUUUCGAUCUGCAUGGCGCCAUAGGCUUCUUUGGCGGUGUUGAAUUCAAGGCCUGCUUUGAUCCGGCCGGUUGGAAAUGGUCUCCUCCAGCUGCGUAG